AUGGUGUUCUGGAAUCAGAGUAGUGAUUGCUGCUCGUGGGAGGGGGUCACGUGCGACUGGUCCAAUGGUCAUGUGAUUGGACUUGACCUCAGUUGCAGCCAACUUCAGGGCACCAUCCAACCCAACACCACCCUCUUCCACCUUCGUCACCUCCAAACCCUCAAUCUUGCCUUCAAUGACUUCAAUUUCUCUACAAUUUCACCUGAUUUUGGCUCCUUUCCAAGUUUGACCCAUCUCAACCUCUCUUUCUCUAAUUUUACAGGCCGAAUUCCCUCAAAAAUCUGCCAUCUGUCCAAAUUGGUUUCCCUUGACCUCUCUGACUUUGAUUAUUAUAAUCCUUAUUCUUUUUCUCCGGUGAGACUUGAACAACACACUUUCAAUAUGCUCCUUCGAAACCUAACCCAAUUAAGAGAACUACACCUUGAUUCGUUGAAUAUCUCUUCACCUUUACCUCAUGCUUUGCUAAAUCUAUCUUCUUUGACAUCUCUCAGUCUUGGUUAUUGUCAUCUGCGUGGGAAAUUCUCAGAAAACAUUUUUCACUUACCAAACCUACGAGAGCUCCAUGUAAGGGGAAAUCAAGACCUCACAGGUAAACUUCCAUACUUCAAUGCAACUAGUUCCCUUCAGUUUCUUGAUCUUGGCGACAUAAGUUUUUCUGGCCAAUUGCCUGAAUCAAUCAGCAAUCUUAAAGCCUUGAAUAUUUUGUACCUCUUCAACUGCAACCUUUCGGGGUCCAUUCCAGCUUCUGUUUGGAACCUUACAAAAAUCACCAAUUUAGCCUUCUCAUCUAAUAGUUUCAGCGGUCAAAUCCCCUCAUCAAAUUCAAACCUUGCAAAGCUUAAUAGCUUGUAUCUUUCCAGAAACAAUUUGAACGGACAAAUACCGGAUUCCCUUGGCAACAUGAGCCAACUUACUCUCUUGGCUCUUUCCGGAAACAAUUUGAACGGUCAAAUACCGGAUUCCCUUGGCAACAUGAGCCAACUUACUAACUUGGAUCUUUUCGAAAACAAUUUGAACGGUCAAAUACCAAAUUCCCUUGGCAACAUGAGCCAACUUACUAACUUGGAUCUUUCCGGAAACAAUUUGAACGAAACAAUUUGA